UACUGCAGCCACAAAGCUCCACCAGAAUCAGCAUCAUCAUAGCCAAUGAUGGAAUUGCUUCCCUCUCGACGUUCCAGAGCCGUGUUUUCAUGGUUAACUAUAUAUCAUACUUUUGCAAGGUUGUCAUCCUGCAUACUUCGUCAGUACCGAGCACGAGAGUGCAGUGGCCUAUUAGUAUGCCCCAACCUAGGUAACUAUCUAUUUACCAGGAUGCGGAGGCGUGCUAGGUAGGUAGCUACCACCUCUUAUCACACCGUGGCAGCGGCAAAAGCACUCGUCUGACUGGCUCGAGGCACGACACCUGCAGGUGCCAUGGUGCUGCCCAUGUCCAUGCACACAGCCAGUCAGCUGCAGAGCUGCAGAUGCUCCGUUGGAAUGGAUUCCCAGCCUCGCACCCCAAAGAGGAAAAAUCAGAUGCUAUUCCCCGCGAAUGGCAACCAUAGAUUAGCCGCCAGCCGCGGGGUGCUGCACAGACCCUGGUCUUGGCCAAUGGCGGUCCAAGCUGUGGCCGAGAACCAACAAACGGCCAUAAAUAAACGGGCAGGCCCGCCUGUGUUGGUGUCUCCUCUCUCUUGUUGUGUGUGCUUGUUGGUGUUGUCUGUUUCUGCUUUGUUUCUUCUUCGGUUCCUGGUGCACUGGUUGCAUCUGCCUUUCCCCCCCCGGUAUUAUUAUUACAUUCAUCAGACCGAGCUGUGCUCUCUGACUGUGUCUUUCCGACUGUGCCCCAGGGAAUCGUUUGGCUUGUUUCGGCUCAGCUCAAUCAGCCCGCUUUUUGCCCUAGUCUUUUUUUUUUUGCAGUCCUGGCGACUCAGUUACUAUACAACUUCUUUUAAUAUCCCUUUUUUUUUUAAUAUUGUGUCGCUGGUCGGCCAAGCCAUUAUCAUUAUUAUCGAUAUCAUCAGCAGCAUCAUCAUCAUCAUUGAUAUUCUUUGAUUUUACAGUUGAGAACUCAGAAAAAAUGUCCGCCGUUCAGCUCAAGUUCUCGCUCCGGACGUCCCCCAAUGUCAAGACGGUCCAUCUGGUGGGCUCGUGGGACAACUACUCGCGCCAGCUGCCCUUGUCUCA